CUCAUCUCAGCAAAUGUUGCGCGAGUAAGAGAUCCAAAGGCCGCCGGUUCAAGUUCAUUUUGCGAGAAGCUCCACAGAAAAAGCAGGUGCGGUAAUCUUAGCUAGUGUGGAGACUUUGUGCGCUGUGUAGGAGAGGAAGGACGCACUAACAGAUGGCGCUCUCAUAUCUGUGGAUGUGCGCACUAAAAUCUUGGCUCUAGACUCUCUGCAGCAGUAAAGAUCUCGUGAAGAAUGCUGGCCCAGCUCGUAGCAGACGUGUGCCCGUCGUCGGCCUCUUUCUUCGGCUUCAUGGGUGUCGCCUCCGCUCUCGUCUUCGCCAAUCUGGGUGCAGCGUACGGCACGGCCAAGUCAGGCGUGGGCAUUGCGUCCAUGGGUGUAAUGCGGCCCGAGCUGGCCAUGCGUAACAUCAUUCCCGUGGUUAUGGCCGGUGUGCUGGGUAUCUACGGUCUGAUUGUGGCGGUGAUUAUUCAGGGCUCGAUCGACCCUCCGAACGGCAACGCGCCGAAGUACGGCUCGUACACGGGCUUCGCACACCUGGCUGCUGGUUUGUGCUGUGGUCUGAGCGGUCUGGCGGCCGGUAUGGCUAUCGGAGUGGUAGGUGACGCCGGCGUACGCGCCGUUGGCCAGCAGGAGAAGCUUUUCGUGAACAUGAUCCUGAUUCUGAUUUUCGCGGAAGCUCUGGGUCUGUACGGCUUGAUCGUGGCGCUGAUUCUUUCACAGAAGAAGAGCGACUGCCCGUCGGAGUAAGCACGGCCAGGCUGGUGGAUGUUGCAGUCGUCUGAGUGCUUUUAGUCAGACGUCGAGCUUACAAGGUUGAAGAGCGGUUGGCUUCUCCGAACUAUUUGGUGGAGAUGUGAACCGCGACGCGAUGCAGCUAGUCUUUUGCAAGAGCUAAAGUUUUUACAACUUGCCUAAGCGACAGCUGCUAAUAAAUCUUCGCAAUUGAUAUCAGUGUGGACGUUGCUGAUGCUUCUGUGUAGUUUUGCUUUGAGG